CCGGCCGAAGGCUUCCAGUACCAGCACACCCUCGACUACGCUCGAGGGGACCGGCCGCUGGUGCUCAAUUUCGGCAGCUGCACCGACCCACCGUUCAUGGCGCGAAUGAGCGCCUUCCGGCGCCUGGUCACCAAGUACCAGCGCCACGUGGACUUUCUCAUCAUCUACAUCGAGGAGGCGCACCCCUCGGACGGCUGGGUCACCACUGACACCCCCUACAUCAUCCCACAGCACCGGAGCCUGGACGACCGGGUCAGCGCCGCGCGGGUUCUGCAGCAGGGGGUGCCCGGCUGCGCCCUGGUCCUCGACACCAUGACCAACUCCAGCAGCUCCGCCUACGGCGCCUACUUCGAGCGCCUCUACGUCGUCCAGAGCGGCAUCAUCAUGUACCAGGGCGGCCGCGGCCCUGACGGCUACCAGGUCUCGGAGCUGCGCACCUGGCUGGAGCGCUACGAUGAGCAGCUGCACAGCGCUCUGCCCCGGCCAGUGUAGGCAGCCGAGGGGCCCUGGACUGAACUUGGAGGGCCCCGCCUUCGAGCCUUCGAAGCCCACGUGCACACAAGGUCCCAACCCAAGUCCGGUUUGGCGAGGGCCCAGUGACCAGCUGUGCUGAGCCACAGGUCGCAGGCCGGGUCUGCACCCUCCGCCAGGCCACCUGAAGACUCCCCGCCCCCCUCCUCUGCUUCUGUGACUGUCCCUGCCUGGCUGGGUCUCAGGCCCCUUCUGAGUGUGGAUGUGGUGCUACCCUUUGCUGCUGCCCCUGGACUUGUCCCACAGAGACCCCUGCUGUGUUCUCGCACCCCCUCCCCAGAGAAGAGGGCCAAGCCUUUGCCAGGGUCCGCGGCCUCUGCAAAGAGACUCCGGCCGUGUCCUGGCACCUGCGCGCGGCUGGGCUCAGCAGUGUGCGCAGCCCACCCUGGUUGCCCGGCACCACACCUGCCGCUUGGGGAGGGGUGCCCGCUGUUUUGUGUCUGUUUCGUGUCCGUGAGGUGGGGGAGGGGGGUGGGCAGGGUUGUUUCCCCCCCUUAGUUGGGGUGCUCUGGAGCCCCGCUGCUGAUGAUGAGCUGCCUCUAACUGGUCUUGACCACGAGCUGCUUCUGAAUUGCAGGGGGACUCCCAGGGGCGCCUA